AUGGAAUGUGUUUUUCGGAAUUGCAAGAGUGGAGCACCUGCUUCUUCAGACUCCUCACCUGGCGGUUUAUUGAGUCACGCGAAUUCCGCAGGGAAACGAGUCCCGCUGAAAAACAAGAGCGGCGUGAGCCGUUACGGCCACCACCAGCAGCAGCACCAACAGCAGCAGCAGGGCCAGCAGGGUGCAGGUACCUACCCCGCGGGGGAGCUGGUGCUGGAGGAAGGGGACCACGAGAUCCCGGAUGGGCUGCGGUUCCUGGGCGAGCGGGAGAUGAGCAGCCUGGGGGCGAGGAUCCCGGCGCUGCGGCGGCGCGGCGCCAAGACCAACACUAUCCGCCAGCACUACUACCCCGAGGGCGGCUGGGGUUGGGUAGUGGUCGCCUGCGCCCUGGCCACGCAUUGCCUGUGCGCCGGCGCCCAGCUCGCAGUGGCGCUCCUGCUCGUCCACGCCGCCUCCGACCCGCACCACUUCCGCAAGCCCGGCGGCGGCGACUAUGCCUACGAAGAUCUGGGUCUUGUGGGUUGGUUCGCUAUGCUUGUCAACAAGCAUAUUCACGUCGCCGUUCGUGGUUGCGUUGUGCCGAAGGAAAUCAACCCGGCUCACGGCUGUUGUUGGAGGUCUGAUCAUGGCUCUCGCUUGUCUCUUCACAUCGUUUGCUCAGCAGAUUCAUCAGAUAUUUUUCAGGACGACUCAAAAUCCUUUGUAGUGUGGGUUGGUUCGCUAUGCUUGUCAACAAGCAUAUUCACGUCGCCGUUCGUGGUUGCGUUGUGCCGAAGGAAAUCAACCCGGCUCACGGCUGUUGUUGGAGGUCUGAUCAUGGCUCUCGCUUGUCUCUUCACAUCGUUUGCUCAGCAGAUUCAUCAGAUAUUUUUCAGUGUCAUUUGUCUCUUGUGGGCUGGCGGGAUCAAUUCCAGUUACGGGAUCAUGUUGGGGGUUGGAGUCGGUUUGUCAAGAGAGACCUCGGGAUUGAUGCUUGGACAGUACUUCAAGCGACGGAGGGAAUUCGUGGAGGCCAUAGCGCAGUCCGGUUCCGGCAUUGGAAUAACCAUUUUCUCGCACUUUUUCUACAAAGUUAUAGGUGACAUCGGAUGGCGGUUGGGACUGCAGGCGUUUACCGGCCUGGUGUUCCUUUGCUUCUUUCUGGGCAUUUUCUACCGAUCGGCGUCAUUAUACCAUCCGCAACGACGAGCGAUCUUGCACUUGAAAAGUCAAAAGCGGAAGGUGAAAGACACCAAGAAGCAGAUUAUUGAGAAGCCUCCCUACUGUGAUUUUUCCUCGCUCCGAUCGAAGCAUGUGCAGAUUCUGAUGGUAUCAAAUGCACUCUGCGGUUUCGGCAUCUACUCGCCACUCUUCCAUCUUGCGAGGAAUGGGCUGGAUCAACAAAUACCAAAGCACUCCGUUGUUCUGUUGUACACUUAUUGCGGACUGGCGUACGUGAUCGGCUGCAUCGGCACUGGCAUGAUGGUUGUCCGGAGAAGCCAGAACUGCAUGAUCUCAAGGCAAUACUUGCACCAAGCCAUUGUCUUCUCUCUAGAAAGGCCUGAAGAAGAUUCGGUUAUGGAGGCGAGGAAUGGGCUGGAUCAACAAAUACCAAAGCACUCCGUUGUUCUGUUGUACACUUAUUGCGGACUGGCGUACGUGAUCGGCUGCAUCGGCACUGGCAUGAUGGUUGUCCGGAGAAGCCAGAACUGCAUGAUCUCAAGGCAAUACUUGCACCAAGCCAUUGUCUUCUCUCUAGGAUUGAUCCUUUUCGCCCUGUGCAUGAUCCGGGACUACCACGGUUAUGCCUUGUUCAUGUGGCUCUAUGGUUUGUUCCUGGGCGCCAAUGCGUAUUCGCUGAGGGUGUACACCUAUGAGCAGACGAGAGCGAGGAACUUUGCGAGAGCCAUAGCAUUCAUUCAAUGGGUCGCAUUCAUCCCGAUUCUCAUAGGCAUUCCUAUUACCGGGUACAUAAAUGCUAGUCAACCGAUGUCGGGGUAUUAUUUCUCGUGCUCUUGCGUGAUGCUCAGUGGAGUGAGUCUCUUCGCACUGAACUACGUGAGCUACGAAGAACCCAACAGCCCCGAAGGAAGAAGGAGCGUGGAUCAACAGAAGACCCCGAAUGGCGACGGUCGUCAUCACGAUAACCCAGAAAAUGGCGGUCCCGUGUGCCUCUGUCCGGCUAGUCUGCACAAGAUGGAUCCUGCAAAUCAAUAUCGACGCAGAAGUGAGGCAUCUGCGCUGAAAGCCGGGGAUUAUUUGGCGUGCAUUGCGGAAGAGGUGCCGAAUGGACAACCGGAAGAACUCCAGUAUCCGGGAGAAUUUGAAUAUGAGUAUGCGGCCAGUUGCAACAAAGUUACCGACUUUUUGCUGUACAACGAUUUUGAUGAAAGAUAUUCAUCAAGUGCUGGACCAGGUGGGCCUUGCAGUACGCAAAGCCAUCCGGGAAUCCUCACACUGCCCAAGAAACAUAAGCCGUCGGGCUCAUCCCUGCACAAUAAUCUGAGUUACAGUGAGCCUGAGGCACUGGGCAGGAUUGGUCAACAAAUUGCUGCAGCGGAAGCUGUUCAUAGCAAUAGCCAUCAUCUUUUCCAACAACCUCAGUCGCAGCAGCCGCAGCAGCAUCAAAUGGUACCACAGGCUUAUGGUGGAUCCACGGGAAUCCUGCUGAGAAUGCCGUCUGGUACGUUUGUGGCGCCGGACUCGGGUGCCCAGCAGCAGGGGCCAGCGCUGAACAUCUUGGAUGACCUGCAGACUGCUGGCACUUUGAUCCAGCACUCGGUGCCUGGAUUCGUCAGGGAAAUGACGACGACAGUGUGAACUCAUUUGAUUUUUCUUCCUUCCUUCCUGAAAGUCUCAUUGUGACAAUGUUUUCCACCAGUUUUUGAUCUCAUUCCUUUCAGUAUAGUGGUUCAGCAAAAGUUCGAAGUUUUCCUCUUUCAUUUUAGAAGAAAGCUGUUUAUUUUCUCAUCUUGAAAGUUUCUCUCAUGGCAUUUGAGUCCCUUUUUUCCAAAUUGAUCGAAAUCAGGGAAGACCACAGUAUUUCAAUGAUUCUAAGUUUUUGCUUAUGAAAUUAGAACAAUGUUGCUCACGCUCUUGAAUUGCUGGAUUAUGUUCAAUAAGAUUUUAGACAGUUGGUGAUGAAAAUAUUUUAGGUCUUGAAUAUUCAAGUGAAGUUGGGUUAUACCUAUCAGUUGCUCAGCUCAAUAUUUACUGGAAGGAAGCGUCAAUUGGAAUCUUUUCACAAGAGCAAAAAAUCAACAGCUUUUCGUUUCUUUGAAAAAUUCGAACUUUUGAGCGCCACUGGUGGUACCAAUGAGGAACUUUUUGAUAGAAUGCUGUUCCAUUUUGGAACUUCUUUCAACUGCCAAAGUUACGAGUUUUUGAUGUGUUGAAUGAGGUGUUUUAUAUGGCUGUGAUGGCAACUUGUUCUCUAUAAUGCAUGCAUAGUGAGCAGGAAGAGAGGAUUUUGAAAGCUUCCAACAGAUAGAUUGAAGAGGGGGAAAGAGUGGGUUUUGAAGACUUUUUGUUGACCUGUGGAUUCAUGGAAUUGGUGCAAUGUUGGAUGAUUUUUUUUCCAUUCUUUAUUGGGGGCCCGUCUGUGGAAGGUGUUAGUGUGAAACACUCUUUCGCUGUUGUCAUCAAACAUCAGAGGUUUUCAUUUUCCUUCCAGAGAUUCUGAAUGAUUUCGUUUUGUGCCCCAAGAUUAGGUUGAUGUCCUUAUAAGAGCUACCUCCUACAAGACGGGCUCGAAUGUUUUUGGUAUUGGAGUGUUCUUGGAAAUCACGGUCGGAUGCGUAGUUGCUUAUGGGAUGGAUUUAAUUCGUGGAAUAAAAUCCGUUUCUUCCA